GCUCCUUCGCUUGCGUAGCAUACAUCCCUUCCAUCUCUCUCAAUCACCACCUCCCUCCUUCUGCUCGCUGCCUACACGUCGCUCUCAAAGUCGUCUACUGUUGCUUUGCUGAGCUCUGUGUGCUGCUGCCGAUCCCAGCUUCCCACGUUGCAGCUCUGCUCUCCCGUAUCUCCUCAUCCACUUACCUCUUAAAUAGCUUCGCCUCACCCUCCCCGGACAUCCAACCCCUGCGCUGUUCAUACUCAUCGGAGCACGCCGUGAGCCUAUUUGACGACCGUUGAAGCUCGGCGCCAUCACAGAAGCAGGCAUUCAGCCAUUCACAAGGCCCGCUUCAACUGCCUUGCAAUGACGAGCAGGACGCAAGCUUCUGCUCCCGCAAGCGAACCCUCAACGGACAAUCUCGCAGCCACUGCUCAGCUCGCCUCCACCGACGUUACUCCUCAGCCAGACUCUGCAAACGCUGAGGGUGAUUCAACUAUGGAAGCUGAGCCACAAGCUACCAGCAACGCUGAUGCUGUGCAAGAGGAGCCGUCCGCAGAGGAAGCCUCCGCUGCUGCAGACCUCAACGAAGGUGAGGAAUCAUCGGGCAAAGACGUCAGUCCAACCCAAGAGACGCCUUCUAAUGGGCGCAAGACGUCGGGCAAUUCGUCGCGGAAGUCAUCACAGGGACCCAAGGGUCAGACCAGGUCAAGAUCCAAGAGCGCCAAGGCUUCCUCCAGCCGGGGUGAUGACGGCGAGGAAGGAGGCGUAGCUUCCGAGGUGAGGACAGAGUCACCUUCCGCUCAAGGUCAAGAUGUCGGCGCUGGAGCGCAGGAAGAGGCACCAGUAGCUGUGUCUAUGAGCAGGAGGCAACGCUCUUCCUCUUCUUCCGUCAAGGCUCUGGCUGGCCUCGGCCUGGCUCAUCUCGGCGAUGGAGAUGAUGCUAGCCUAGCCCCCAGAAGAACACGGCGCGCUGCUGCGACUUCACCUUCUGCAGCCGGCAACACUCUCAAGAAGGAAGAAGAAGGCGCAGCUGAGGAUGAUGUUCCCGCAGAUGGCCAGGAGCGAGAUGAUGCCAAGGCGGAAGGAGUCGAGGACUAUGAUGAAGAGGCAGAUGGGGAUGCAGAUGGAGAUAUUGAGGGCGUGACGAGGUGUGUCUGCGGAAGCGAAGACGAGAAUGUGGGUCUGAUGAUCCAGUGCGAGACCUGCAAAUGUUGGCAACACUGCGUUUGCAUGGGCAUGCACACAGAAGAAGACUGCCCCGAUGUCUACUACUGCGAGCAAUGUAAGCCUGAGCUGCAUAUUCCUCUGCUCCGAGCUCUCGGACUUCUCCCUCCAGCUGCCAAAGGACACAAGAAAUCGAGUAAAAACAGCAAGCAGGCAAGCAGAGAGAGCAUGAAAGAGCUCAUGCAGGCAAGGGACGCGGUAGCCCUAUUGGCCCAGCAGAAUGCUCAACGCCGACGAGAAGGACAAGAAGUAGUAGUUGCCCAUCCGACUGCCAACACGGGAAAGAGAGUCGGAGAAGCCCGGCGGAAUACGUCUGAGUCUGCUCAGGAUCAAGAGAGCAGAAGCAAUCGAGGCAACUCCGAUGUACCCGCCAGUCCACGGGGUGGCCCGCCUGGCGCCGACAGACGGAGUCCGAAGAGGAGGUCCACAAUGAAUUCUCGCGACUCUGGAUACGGGUGGGAGCCAAUCCCGCCAGGGCUGCUGAACGAGGACGAGGUCUGGGAUGAUGUGAGGCCCAAGAAGGAAGACGAAGAAGGCAGCUCUUCUGGUCGCAAGAGGAAACGGACUGGCGGAAGUAGACGAGACGAAGAACAAUCUCCUUCUCCAGCCGUCUCACCUCCAAUGGGUCCUGCUGAGCUCGCAAAGCGUAGACGGAUGUCAGGCAGCGCUACCGCUUCCUCCAAUGCGCUCAAUAUCGGCAGCAACGCCAGCAGAGGCGAAGGAAGGCGGCGUUCUCCGAGCGAUGCGGCCGAGGCUGCCAUUGCUUCGGUCUCGUCGCAAGGUACAGCCGCUUAUGUCGCCGGCAGCGGCAAGAAAGUUGGGACUGGCAAUGGCGGCGCAGCAGCAAAGGCAGGCGAUAAGAAGCUUCGAGACGACUCCAUCACUGCAUCUUCUGCUCCAGCUCCCAAGGCUAAGCAACCGAACCAAUACACAUACCGCAAAGAGAGGCUGGCCAAUGGAGGCACCGCAAAUGUCGCCAACGCUGGGAAUGGAAUCGCCUCAGCCGGUCGUACCGUAUCUCCUACGCCUUCACCGAGCAAGAGCGGCCGGAGAGGAGCAGCUGCACUGCGUGAAGGCAGCACUAUGGGCUCGCGGACAUCUACACCCGCUCCAGGAGAUGUGCGUGUCACAGGCAACUCAAGAAAUAGCAAUCUCCCGGGCGGCGCUUGGGGUCUGCCUGAGCAUCUCUCCCACCUCGUCAAUCUCCUUCCUACAUCUCAGCCAGAGCCAUUGACACUGCAUCUCCCGUCCACAAAAGGACUGUCAAAUCCGCGGUCCGGUGCUGCAAAGGACCACCACGCAGAAAGCUCGUCCUCCAGCCGCCCUUCGCCCCACCCCUUCACAAUCGUCGACAUCUCUGAGCCUCCAACAAAGGUGCGGUGGCCGCCGAAGAGGAUGACGAUGGGCGAGAUGCGGAAGCGGGUGAGAAACAUUAGCGAGUAUGUGACCAACAAGCAAUUAGAGGCAGUCGAGCGGGGCAAGAGGAUGAAGGAUUUGGGCAUCGAGAUUCUGGGUCCAGCUUCCGAUCUGCAAGUGCCAGGAGGAGCAGAUGGCGAGAUGGGCGGAGCAGCAGGAGCUGAUUCAUCGGAUGCAAUGGAAGGCGUCGAGGCCAGCAAUGGAGCGCUUGAGGCAACAACAGGCUCACAUGCGGCUGCAGACAAGGAGCGGAUACCUCUCUCGAUGAAGCUCAUGGACGAGCUCACAAGAGAACUCAUUGCCUUUCAGCAGAAAUUCGGCGUGCCGCCUGGAUCAAUGGCCGUGCUAGGCGCUGGUCUGAGCAGCUUUGCCAGUGGGGCCGGAGGAGCUCUCAUGACGGCCGCGAGCACUACGGUGCCAGAGGCGAAUGCAGAGAUAGCAGGAGGUCAAGGGUCGGAUGGCGCUGCUGCUACUGCUACUGCUUCAAAGGCUAAUGGUGCCGUCGGACCAAGUGGCGGGCAGCAGCAGGAUACAGCCGCUCUUGCCCUCAGCCCCGAUAUGGCUGCAGCAGUCGUCGCAACGGCUGGCGAGGAGGGCGUGACUGCUUAGCCCUUGAUCCUUUGGCCCGUUGGUGAAUGCCGACCGGUGCGAUUGGUUUCCUCGUCUCCAGAAUAUCUCUGUGUCACACCUUGUAAUGUAGACGGACUUGCUCCUUUUCUCCUCCCUAACGCUGAGUGUCGUUCUUGUCCUCUCCGCAUCCUCCGUGCGUUGUUGCAAAUGAAUCUGAUUUUACUUAAG